CUUACUCCUUUGGGAAAAGAGACAGAGAAGCCGGAGACAAGCUGUCUACUUAAUUACUACCACUAUUACUACUGCAUUGAACAUGCUGUCUCAAUGCGUCAUUCGCACCCGAUACCUUACCCCUUUUAAAAUAGUCAUUCUGAUCCUUAUUAACAAAUUCUGUCAUUAUGAAUUACCGCCAGCUGUCAAUCCUAAACUUGUUGGAUUUAUUCUCGACAGCAUUGAGACAUGUGACACACAACCUGAAUAUAAUCUCGAACAAGUACUCAGUGAAUUCAAAGAAUUCACUGAAGAACUGGUGGAAGCGAUCCGUUCAAGUAUUGUCGCUAUUGACAAGCCAUAUACCUUGUUCCAAUUCCUAUCUUCUCUAAUCGAGAUUCUGGAGGAAAGAGACAACAUGAUGGACCCAGCAGAUAUUGCUAUACUGGAUAAAACGAGUCUCUUUGGAAUCUUUGUACGUCGAUGUCGCUUGGAGUUCUCCAAAUCAUCCAUGCAACAACGUACCGAACUGUUCACAAUCUUCCAACACUAUGUGAUGGCCAACAACGCACGUUCUAUGGAUACUGAUAUGGGGUCUAUACUGAUCAAAAAACCUUCUGUGCUUGCAUCCAAGGAUGAAGGAAAACUCAAGCAGGAUGGGUGGUGGUUUUCAGAUCACAAUGUGGAUCGAUUCUUGACAACGGAAGCCGAAAAGAUCGAAAAAACUGGUACUAGCGAGAUUCCGCCUGCCGUUCUACACAACUAUCUCGACUUUUUGCAAUCUCAUGCACCCGAUAUUCGCAAGAUUGAUCAAGUGCGCUUCUAUAAUUACAUUCGAACUGGCGAAUACCAAGGUGCGCUGACAAGUUUACAUCGAUUUUUCGAUUAUUGCUUACUGAGCACAGAAACGCCCAUGUACCAAUAUGCACUUCUCAGCUUGGGAGUUCUCGAAGCCAAGUUUGGUCAUGCACAACAAGCACUUGCAGCACUGAAUGAAGCACUAGACAUUGCACGAGAGAAUCACGAUGAAAACUGUUUAAACGAGGUUCUCAGCUGGAUACGUUUCAUCAAAGGAACCAAUUCGUCACUUGCCGAUCAAUAUCCGACGUAUAGCUUAGCAGACGAGUCGAAUCCAAAUGUCGUAUAUCUCGAGUGUUUAGAUAAACUAUCGCGGGCCAGAGAAAUGAUACGUCGGGGUGACUCGGCUAGCAAUGUAUUCGAAGCUAUUCAUAGUAGCACCAUACGAGGAUCUGCUGGAAGUAUUGAAUACUUGAACAAGCUGGAAUAUCUGACGAAGGCCGUUGUGUGGGACUUUUAUGGCGAUCGGGUACAGUCCAAGGUCUAUCUGGAUAUUGCACUUGAUAUAACUGAAGGUGACAUUGAUAGCGUUGAGAAGACAUUUGUGCUUGCUGCAAAUAUGCAUGCUUCAGUAGGCGAAUAUGACAAGGCUGUCCAGCUGCUCGAACAAUUUGGAAGGAAAUACUCAGAUCAAAGCGUGCAAUUGCUGACAUGGAAGCAAGCGUUAUGUCGCUACAAGCAUUUAUUGGCAAAGCAAACAAAACAGCAUCAAGAUCUUGCCUCUCAGGAAGAUUUGAUGGUGUACAUCCAACCACAAAUGUCAGAAGAUCGGUUCGAGGCACUUGGGCGAUUUGCAGAACAGAAAUACAGAGAAAAACACCCGGAGGAGGCUUGUCUGCUUCUACAAAAGUGCUACGAUGUGCUCAAAAGGUCUAAUCAUCCAUCACAACUCGCACAAGUAAUGACUGAUUGGGGACGGAUCGAUUUGGAUCGAGGCGAUGUCGACGGUGCGAUGGAAUGGCUUCGAAAGGCGCUGGACAUGAGCAGUAGAGCAUGUGACUUUGACAGAUACUUUACAUCAGCCAUUAAAUUGGCAGAAGCGUAUCUUGAACAAGCCAAACCAAAAACUGCUAUUUAUAUGCUCGAAAGCAUGCUUCCGCAGGUACUGGCACAUGGGUCUCUAAAACUACAGGCGGAUCUCCACUUUGCAUAUUCAAAGGCACUUAUUGAAGACGAACAAGUGGAAACAGCAUUGCAUUACCUCGAUCAAUCUGAACAAGCAUACCAAAAAAUUGCCUCCCAUACCGACAUUCAACAAGUAACCUGGCUUAAGUCGUUUCUAACUACUGCUGCAUCAUAAUGAAAGGAAGAAGAUAUACAUGUACAAAAGCUUAUUCUAAAUGAAAAAAGUUAUAAGAAAAGGAAGUGGAUGGAGACUAGAGUAAUGAUGAUAAUGC